AUGGCCGAUUUAUCAACACAACGAAACAAAUCAGAAAUUGACCCAGAAGAAGCAAGUGAUUUUUCCGCAUCUUAUGCGGCCCUGGAGAACGAUGGAAGAAGUGACUCCGGACCAGUGAGUGGAGAGAAUCCUCAAACGUGUUCCAAAACGAGUGCCAGUCAGAUAUCGAUCCGCUCCAGCGGUGAACGACAGCCACUGACCGACAAGAACAAAACCGACCCGGGAAACUUGGGCAAAAGCCUCGAUCCUGUGUAUCAAUCCGUGAAUCCGUGA